UGCAUCAUGCUUAUUUCAGUUCAAGCAGCAAGUUUAAAAUGUGAAUUGUUUUCUUUUGUUGUUUUUUUUUUCUCCUAAAAGGCCGGGUGGUGGCGCAGGGCAGAAGUUGGGAAAGGAGGGAGGGAAGAGGGAGCAAAUUGGAGGAGGGAUUGUUUUUUUUUUUCUCAAGGAAAAUCUGGAACCUAUAAACUCCAGACUUGUAACUUCUGUAAAAACUUCAGUCAGGCUCCUGCUGAUUGGCUGAGGCGAGUGCUUCUGCCCCACUUUUCACCAAUCGCCGACCCUCUCCACUUCCUCCUCAGCCAGGUCGGGCCAUGCCCCCACAACACGAGCUCAGCCAAUCGGAGAUGGAGACCGGUUCAGGACUCCCAGAACCCUUCCCACUGGUGUUAUAAGAGUGACUGAAGGGAAGCUUCAGAGACCAGAUGCUGGUGGCGGUAGACCUGCUUUAACAUGGCAGCGUGAAACACACAGACAUGAGAAACACAUGCGUUUUCAUGGAUGGACACUGCAAGCCUUUUUUGGCUUAAUCCACAUGUGGAUUUCCAGCUUUAAAUGCCAGGUCUGAGAGCAUACCUCUGCAUGCUCGCGUCGUGUGGCGGGGGGUCAGUCCAGGAGACGCAACGAGAAUCGGAGAGACCGCGCGACGCAGGAGCGAAAUAACAGUGAGAGGAGAGACAGAAACGGAGGGAAAAGCGCUGCGAGGGAGAGAUAGAAACAGAAAGCGUGCGGAAGAGGAGAGAGAGGAGUGCCCAGGAGGGACGUGGUGAUGAGGGAGGAGCUAUCGGGCACAGAGUCCCCUGAGGGGGGUCUGGGGGCCAGCGAGGAGGAGCUGGAGCGCGGGCCGAAGGCGGGCAGCGCUCCUGCGGGCGGCGGCGGGCGCAAGCGGGUGUCGUACCCCAAGAAGGAGGAGGGGGGCGGAGGGGGCAGGGAGAAGGGGGCAGGCAGCCCCCUCAGCACCACGCCCUCGGGCCCCAAGAAGCCCAAGAAGAGCCCGCCGGCAGGGGGGUCGCUGGUUGCCAUGGCGACCGCCCCAGCCUCGAACGCGCCCCUGGAGGACCUGCACACGCAGCGGGUGAUCGCCAACGUGCGGGAGCGCCAGCGCACGCAGUCGCUGAACGACGCCUUCGCCUCGCUGCGCAAGAUCAUCCCCACCCUGCCCUCGGACAAGCUGAGCAAGAUCCAGAUCCUCAAGCUGGCCUCGCGCUACAUCGACUUCCUGUACCAGGUGCUGCAGAGCGACGAGAUGGACAGCAAGCUGGCCAGCUGCAACUACCUGGCGCACGAGAGACUCAGCUACGCCUUCUCAGUCUGGAGGAUGGAGGGGGCCUGGUCAAUGUCUGCUACCCACUGAACCCCAUCCCUUUCCCCUUCCCCCUGCCCCCACCGGCUAACCCCCACCCAUUCUCUCUUCACCCCUAUCUCCACCCACUAACCCCCACCAAUUCUACCUUCACCCCUACCCCCCACCCACUAACCCCCACCCAUUCUACCUUCACCCUACCCCCCACCCACUAACCCCCACCAAUUCUACCUUCACCCCUACCCCCCACCCACUAACCCCCACCAAUUCUACCUUCACCCCUACCCCCACCUAUUCUAACCCCACCAACUAACCCCGCCUCCCCACCCUCACCUCUACCCAUUAGCGCUCCUCCUAACCUUCUCCACCCACCCCUGCUUCUGACCCAGUGAACCCCACCACAAACCCCAGCCUAACCUCCACAGCUGCACAUCUCCAGUAUCGAGGGACACAUCUCCACGCUGUCACGGAGCCGUUCAAACGGGACAGGCAGGAAGCACAUCACCGUUCACUUGUGCUGCCGAGGACGCCCAGAAGAGCGUGCGUUCUACAGAGAAAAACGUCAGGGGACAGGACGGUGAAACACAUCGCGUGUAAGGAGGGGGCCCGUCCCAAAUCUGCCCCUCGACAGUGACUCCUGACAGGGCCAAGCCAAGACAGCGGAGCGAAAGUGGUGCGCCUCCACCCUAAAGAAACUCUCCUCUCAGAGAGGCCUUCCAGAGACUUAGUCCCCCACCCCCCCCCCUCCUCUGCGCUGUGUGGACUGCCCUUCAAAUACCACUGCCAUGAAAUCAGCUCAGAAACUGGACCUUGGAGGCGAUGAAGACUCAAAUGCUGUAUUUCACUGACGAUUGUUUACAAAUGCGCUUCGGGAGAUGAGGGUGUGCUAAUGCUAUUGUGCUAGCAAUGCUAACAAUGCUACCUGCUAAGAAACCGGCGCCACCAGUAGCCUAUCUUUAGGAGUCUGCAAAGUAAAGCAGUCGUAGGAAAUCCGUACGCGUUAGGAUCAUGCUGGAAUUAAGUAUUGCUUUUAAAAUUCACAUUUCUUUAAUAUUGUGUGGAUUAACGUAUACAGAUAUUGCAAAGUAAAAUUAAAAAAAGGACUGAUAUAUGCGACUUUUGCAAAGUCACACAAUAAUCAUGAUGCUGCAAAUAAAGAUCUUAUGCUGGACUUUGGUUGGAGUCCUUUACUGAUAAGCCAGUGGCUAUUUUCCAUUUGAGGGAAUUUAUUUCAAUUCAGAAUGUCAAGGCACAAUCUAAAUUUACCAAAGAGAAACAGCCACUUAGCUUCGGAGAGCUAGUUGUCUUUGUGAAAAGGCUAAUUUGGGUAAAUUCUAUAUAACCAGUCUGAACAUACACUAUGCCUAAUGUGAACAUUUGGAGCUUGCACACAAAUUGCACCAUUUUUACUUUAAAAGAGAUGAAUUGAAGUUUUUGCUAACCACAGAAUGUGGAGCUUGCUUAAUUCAGGUGAUUCCCCCAAACAAAUUUAUUGGAAAUGACCUG